AUGUUGUGUGAAAAUACUGAGUUAUUAGGUGGAGGGAUGGUGGAUAGAGGCUGUGGUAGGUUUGAUUAUGGUGGAGGCUAUGCGUUGGCGUCAGAGUGGGUCUCACAGAAGAAGGCAAAAAGAGAAAGGAAGAAGCAGCGGGGUGUUCCAUUUUUGGGUUUGGGAUUUGAGAAAGAAAGUUGGACGGAAAUUGGAAUGGCUAUUUCCGAUCCGUUCCGGCCGAAUUAUAGGCCUAUAACAAAUCCAAUCAUGGAGAGAGAUGAGAGUUUGAAGGAGAAAAAAAUGUUGUCGAACCAGCCAGUUGAAAUCGAACCAGACGCCUCUCAAGAAGAAAAAGCCGCAUAG